CAGGCACCACUAAUUACCAGUGCAAUUGUGAGAAUCAGUAUUUCUGGCCUUGUGACAAAUGUAAAAAAUAUGGGAGUUGUGGCAGCAUCACUAACAACACAUGCAGCUGCAUCAAUGCUUUUCCAAAUAAUGGAAAUUUCUGUCAGCCAAUCAGAGACAUGACAGAUGCCACAGCAUGCCAUCAAAGAGUAAUUACAAUGUCAGUGGAAAUCGACGAAACCUUUGAUACCAGCCUCACAAACCUUACACAUGAAAAGUACAAAACUAAAGCUCAACAAAUUGAGACCGCGAUUAACAAAGGUUUCAAAUCUCUGUCUAACUAUGUUGACGGUUCUGCAAAAGUCACUGGCUUCAGGUCUGGUAGUAUUAUAGCAGACUUCACAAUUAAUACAACAUCCGACAGCCCUGAUUUUACAUCAGCAAACGUUUUGGGCCUCCCUUUAGUUCAGAAUGCAUUUUCUUUAACUGAAGAAACAAACUUCUUCAACAGAUCAGAUAAAAUAUAUCCUAAGCAAAACGUAACACUUUACUGUCCACAAUCUGUUAAGGGACAGAUAAUGUGGAAAGUAAAUGAGAAAGAUCCAGACAGCCCUAAAUACUCUUUUGGUCUAGGCAAAAGCACACUCACUGUAACAAAUGCUGAUGUCAGUGACAGUGGCAGAUACUCCUGCAUCAUACAAACAAAUUCAUUACCUUACAUCUGGUGGCAAAAUAUUUUUAUUGAACAAGAACCCAGUAUCAUGGUGGGUGAUAAUGAACAAGUUUAUUCAUGUGAAGACCAAACUGUUCAACUCAAAUGCUGUGUUAAUGGAGACUACAGUAUUGAAUGGGUCUCGCAAAGCAAUGUGCAAAUUCCAGGGUCAGGUUGUAUCACAGUAAAUCAUACGAUCCAAAAGACAAAUUGUAAUGGAGGUGACUAUACAUGUCAACUGAAGGAUUUACCGCAACUACGUGAUUACAGUUAUAGCAAAAAGAAUGUCAGAGUACAGAUAGAAACAGAAGUUUCUAAGUUUCUAUGUAAAAAUGAAACGUUUGAACUUGGAGAACUAAAUCAAAUAACUGAAAAGCCAUGCGAUGCAGGCAAGGAAGGAAGCAUAAUGUAUACAUGUGUACCAGGAGGAUGGAACCUAACAAAGAAUAACUGUGUAGUCAAAGCUAUCAAAGAACUUGAAACCAGAGCUCAGGUCUUGGUUGUUGAGAAGAUUCCACAGUUUGUGGAAAAGCUCAGUUUUGAAACAAAGCAAUUUAAAACUGAUAUAGUAGAGUCUGCUGCGACUAUUCAAACAGUUGUUGAGAUUCUCACCACAGUUGCUGACAUCUCACAAAACAGUAAUAUUCAUAAGCCUGUGAUAGAGGAUUUUCUUAACACAGUUGAGAUUAUUACAUCAGAUGAAUCCAAAAACAAAUGGACAGAACUAAACAAUGGAAACGUGACAGAAAAAAACGCCAGCAGUAAUCUUCUGCAAGCUAUUGAGACUAUAAGCAGCCAUCUCUCAGAUGUGGACUUCUCUAUAACAAAACCAUCCAUUCAGUUAAAUAGGACUAUAACUGAUGAUAACUCUAAGACUAUCGAUAUAAAAUCUCACCUGGAAAACUCAACUACAGGUACUGAAAUUCUGAUACCAAAUGUUCCUAAAUCAACCGCCAUAACCAUCAUCAUCUUCACAAAUCUUGACAAUGUUCUACCAACGCGAGAUACUUCUAAUAAUGACAGCAAGACAUCAGAAAACAUCAUCAAUGGAAACGUGGUUGUUGUUCAAGUCAACCAAACAAUUCAUAACAUUUCAUUUACAUUUGGAACUACAAAUACAUCAAUGAAAAAUCCUCAGUGUGUCUUUUGGGACUUUUCUCUGGACCGAUGGGAUUCCAAUGGAUGUAAAGUCAAGCGCUUUGAGAAUGAAACAGUUACAUGUGAAUGCAACCACACAACCUCCUUUUCAAUCCUGAUGUCACCGUAUGCAAUUGAUAACCUUGCCUUAGCCUAUAUCACAUACAUUGGUGUAGCUAUUUCAAUAGCCAGCUUAAUUCUGUGCCUCAUUAUUGAGGCGAUCGUAUGGAAGUCAGUGACACGAAAUGACACAGCACACGUGCGUCACGUCUCAAUAGUCAACGUUGCUGUGUCACUGCUGAUCGCAAACAUCUGUUUCAUCAUCGGAGCUGCAAUUGCAGACCAAGAGCAGCCGAUCUCGGUUGGUCGCUGCAGUCCAGUAGUUUUCUUCAUGCACUUUUUUUACCUGGCUGUUUUCUUCUGGAUGUUCAUUACAGCACUUUUGCUCCUUUACCGCACCAUCAUGGUCUUUUCUCAGAUGUCAAGGACUAAUAUGAUGGUCAUUGCCUUCAUGGUUGGUUAUUGUGCACCUUUGCUCAUAGCGGUUAUUACUGUUGCAUCCACUUCACCUACAAACUAUGUUUCAAAAGAAAAUGCAUGCUGGCUGAACUGGUUUGAAUCUAAGGCCCUGCUGGCAUUUGUGAUUCCAGCUCUGACUAUUGUUGCCUUUAACCUUGUGGUUUUGAUUGUGGUUUUGUGUAAGAUGGUCAGGAGAGGAGUUGGUGCUGUAACUACUUCAAAUGAGAGACACACUCUUGUGGUCAUUGCCAGAUGUGUGGCCAUUCUGACUCCUAUCUUUGGUCUAACAUGGGCAUUUGGCAUUGGGACCAUGGUGUCACGUGAUUUUGGCCUUCAUGUGGUGUUUGCAAUCCUCAAUUCAUUUCAGGGAUUCUUUGUUUUGGUGUUUGGAAUACUUUUAGACAGCAAGGUCCGUGAGUCACUGGCAGGAAAGCUGUCAUUAAAGAACCUCAGUUCCAGUCCUACCAGGAGCACUAAUUUCGGAACAUCAUCUACAGGUGGACUGGGUAUCAUAGAUUGGCUGCGUAGGAGAAAUGUGUACAACUUGUCUGAUCCCAGCCCAGCUACCUCUGCUAACAGCUCCAGUGGCUCUCAUUUAAUCCCUAAUUAACUACAUCUAUUAACUAAAACCAGCUGACUUAUUUAAAAGCAUUUUGUCUGUUACAUACAGUACCUAUAUUCCACUUUAUGUUCCUCUUUUGGAAAAGAAAUAUGUGUUCUGUAAUCAGUGUUCUUACAUGAUUUUAUUUAAUAUACAUUGAAAUACAUUCAUUUAAGGGAGACGGGCUAACAGGCACUGCAGUGAAUAUUUAUCAUGGUCUUUUAAGGUAAAUUUAUUUAUAGCCACAGCUAUUAAACAGUUUCACAGUUUGAGGUAAAAACAUAUAUUUCACUGAACACAAGACUUACCUUGGGUCACAUUACAAUGAAAUCUUUGAAAUGAUAAUUUUUUGUUUGGAUCUAUAAUUAAAGUACAAGUAUUUGGUAGGUGCUUUAAAUCAACUUACAAAACACUUUAUGUAUAAAAGACAUUUGGAUUAGAAAUUAUUAUUUAUAUUAUUAUUUAUUUUAACCUGUAUUAUCCAAAUGAAUUCCUAAAUGUAGUCAAACACACUAUUCUUAAAUCUUUUCUUGGAGAGGGCAGUAAAAUGAGAUGGUGGGUGGGGGUCAACAUUUGCACUGCUGACUUUGCUAACUAGCUUACAAAACCAUUAAAUACUGAAUUGUUGAUCAUUUAAAAAAAAAUUCACUUAUCUUGUUCUUGGAUUUCUUGGGCCAUUUCUAGGCCUAUAAGUAAUCAUGCAUAAUUUUUUCAUGUACCCUGGUUUAAGAAUUAAUCUUGUUUUUUUCUGAUUUUGUAUUGAUUCAAACAUUCUAAUUUGCAUAUUCAUAACAUUAUUUGAAUUGGACAAAGAACGUUCGUAUUUGAAUUGAAUAUAAGGGCCAGGGACAUGCACAGGAAUUUUGAGGGGCAGUUGUUUUGACCUGAAAAAGCCCCCCCCCCCAAAAAAAAAAAAAAAAUACAUAUAAGUUUAAGAUAUAAGACAUUUUCUAAAAGUAACUGAAAAUGUGUUGUCUGAAAAGUGAUGGACAUAUGGAUCUCGGACAGCUUGGGGGUGAGUAAAUUAUGGGUGAACUAUCUGUUUAACCAUUUUGAUUUAAAUAAUUAAUGUCAUGCAUAACUUCCAUCAUUCCUUCUUCUUGCUAAAACGAAAUGUGAAAAUUCAGCAGACAUGUAGCUUAGUUUGCCUAAUGCCUACCAAAAAAAUUGUAGUCUAGGCGCUUUUUUCCAACUCGGAAGGGCAACAUGAGUCAAGAAGGGCAUAUGGGUAGUUGUCCGGUCUACCUCAGCAAACCCCCUGUGCACGUCCCUGAUAAGGACUAUACUUGGAAAAACAUCUGAAUUAAGCAACAUUAACAUAUGUAUUAUUAAAUAUAUAUAUAUAGGCUACAUUACAUAUACAUUAUAAUAUUCUUAAAACAUAUGUUUCAAAUGAUUUAGUGACAUCAAAACAUUUAAAGUGUUUCGUAACAUUAAAAGAGCAGUGGCCCAGAGAUUAUUUCCGGGUGAGGUGGGAAAUGUCCUAAAUCCGAGUUGUCUGAAAUGUAGCAUGAUCCAACAAACACCACACACACCGAAUGUAUUCACACUGAUCAAAAGGCAAACAAAUUAAAUUAUUCCCAAUUUAUAAUGUAAGGUAAAUGUAAUCUAAUGUUAAAAUUACAAGUUUUACUUUAACAUCACAUAUAUACACUAGAUGUUGCCUAGGGGUUCUAAGCAUACAUCAAAACCGCCACCAUCUUGGAACAGGGAUCUUGUCAUAGAAAGUAGCUAAGUAGCGCUUUAUCUGCCUGUACUUCGAAUUCAUGCCGGACUUUUGUGCUGCGCAUGGAUGUUAGGCCUACUAGGACUAUGCAUUAUAUUUAGGAAAAAGUCGAUUUUCUUAAUAUCAAAACUUUACAUUUUCUCUGGACUCAAUGCUAAAUACAUGUCUGACCAUUGGAAUGAACAAAAAAAAAUCGCAUUCAUGACUAUUUAUGAUGAUUUAUUUCUGUUACACCUUUGCCUACAUUGACGCUGAUGCAUUAAAGAGAAGGGGCUCCCCUGUUUCAAGAUGGCGGCUCAAUUUGACGCAUUCGUUCCAAUGAACUGCUGUAGCCAAGGCAACAUCUAAGCUGUGUUUGAAACCGCUCCCUCGUUCACUCAUUCACUAUUCCCUAUAUAGGGAAUGAUAAUUGAGUCCGCUAUAUGGGGAAGAAGCAAAUGAAAAUGAGUGAUUUCGGACACUGAGGUAAAUACCAUGCGUCAGAGAGAUGUCGCAGAGAUUCACUAUAAACCCUUACACCUGUGUGGCCUUAUUGAUUGUACUGUGAAAUGGUAAAGUCUACUUUCUUACUGUUUGUCACAUUUGUCAUGUUUAUUGUAUUAAUUGAUAAUAAAGAGAACAAAACAACUGCUUGUCAUAUUUAUUUACUGUUGUUUAUUUAUUUAUUGUUGAAGUUGUGCACUAUAUUGUGGAUGGGAGCAGUUUCGGACACAGCUCUAGUGUAUAUAUGUAUGAACACACCAGGGGCACGUUCAAG